AUGAGACUCGUUACGAAACGCAAACUCAGAUACCUGCUUUUCACCCUUUUAUUGGCAUUGAUUGUUUCGUUUACUUGCAAUGCAGUCGUUGAAUCACAGCUGAAUAAAGAGAUUAGAUUCUAUAAGGUAUAUUUUGAGCAGAAGAAGGAUGGUUUACAAGGGAUUUAUAACCCCUUGGCCAUUAAGCAGAUCCCAGAAGAAACUAUAGAUGCUCUUUAUGCUUACAAGAUGAAUAAAGUUGCUAAACAUGGAGAAACGAUUGACUGGUCAAAAUUCGCCUAUGUGAAUUAUGCUACAGAUAUUGAUUAUUUGUGUAGCACUUUUAUUAUGUUCCAAAACCUGAAAAGGUAUGGUACGAAGGCUAAAUUGCAUCUUAUGGUCUCUAACCAGAUGUUGAGUCCUGAUAACGAAUUUAGUCAGUCCGCAAAUAUGCUUUUACAGCGUAUCAGAAAUUUAGAUCCUGAGCAAGUGGUUGUUAAACCUGUGGAAAGUACGUACAAGCCCAAUGAUCAGUCAGAAUGGAAGGAUAGUUUAACCAAAUUGCAGGUUUUCAAUCAGACGGAAUACGAUCGUGUCAUCUAUCUGGAUAGUGAUGCAGAGUUGAAAGAUAGCAUGGAUGAAUUGUUCUUUAUUCCUUCCUAUAUUAAAUUUGCAGCACCAUUGGCGUAUUGGUUUUUUGAUGAUAAGGAUUUAGAAGCCGCCUACCAUGAUGUCAAGGUAGCUGAAAAAUCCCCUAUUAAUUUGGCUAGAUAUACUGAUAAACUUUCCGUUAGGAUCAAGAAAGAUCAAAUGAUCUAUAACCAUUUACCCAAUUUACCACCACCUUUGUUCCUAAAUACCGAAAAUGUGGCUCAAGAUAUUAUCAAUUCAAGGCCUUCUCUCUUACAAAUGCUUGGAGUACCUACAGGUGGAAGUCAAAGCAGUAAGGCCAAGUUUGCUUCCACAGUUAUGGUGAUUAACCCUUCCUCUGAUACCUAUGAGGAAAUCAUUCACUGGUUGCUGCCUCAAGUUCUGAAGAGUAAGAAUAAAUUCGAUAUGGAUUUAAUCAAUGAAGAGCUUUACAAUAUGAGAAGGACCAUCUAUUACAAUUUUAAACUAUUUAGAAGGUUAAAGACUGAGUAUUUGCCCGAAUUGCUGGUGCUACCCUUUGGUAGAUACGGUUUAUUGAGUGGAUCCAUUAAAAACUCUGAUCAUUACCCGAUGAUCAAAAACGAUGUGCUAGGUUAUAGAAGGUUAGAUACCGAUGGUCAUGAGUUCCCCAAGACAUUAGAGGAUUACGUGAAAGAUUGCAAAUACGUGCAUUUCUCAGAUUCACCAAUCGGUAAACCUUGGAAUUACGGAUCUCUUGAAGACAUCAAAUGUCGUGUUGAUGCGGAACAAUCGGAGAAUGUGGAAGAACAGAAGGAGGUCUGUGCACUUUGGAAUACGCUGUAUUCUUCCCACAUGACCAACAGACACUUGUGCAUGUUAUGA